UAUAGACAGACACUGAUUGCCGGCUGCAGAUGUAUCGAGUUGGACUGUUGGGAUGGAAAGGUAGACGAGGAACCUAUUAUAACUCAUGGCAAAGCCAUGUGCACUGAUAUAUUAUUUAAGGACGUAAUCUUCGCGAUCCGUGACUGCGCUUUUGUUACAUCCGAUUAUCCGGUGAUUUUGUCGUUUGAAAACCAUUGCAGCAAAAAGCAACAAUAUAAAAUGGCCAAAUACUGCGAUGACAUUUUGGGGGAUCUGUUACUCAAAGAAUCGCUUGCGAACUAUACGUUAGAUCCCGGCUCUCCUCUUCCCACUCCUAAUGAUCUCAAGAGAAAAAUUUUGAUCAAAAAUAAGAGACUCAAACCUGAUGUCGAAAAACAGGAAUUGGAUCUGUGGAAGAAGGGUCAGCUCGCGGCAGAGGACGACGACGAAGAGAACGAAGACGCCAACGCUGUCACCACUUUGGUUGUCAACACUUCCAUCGAUGAAAGCGAUAAAAAGACGGACGAUGUGGAACCGGAACAGUUAGCGAUGGCCAACUAUCAGUACACUGGAGCGACACUGCAUAUUCACCCAUUUUUAUCGUCCCUGGUCAAUUACGCGCAACCCAUUAAGUUUCAAGGCUUUGAUAUCUCGGAAGAAAAGAAUAUUCAUUUUCAUAUGUCAUCGUUUGCCGAAAACACAGCAUUAGGUUAUCUCAAGUCUCAGGCCAUUGAAUUCGUGAACUAUAAUAAGAGACAAUUGAUGGAUGAAUACGGGUUUUUCAUAUAUUGGAAAUCCGAGGGCAGAGAGGGACAGGUGUUAGAGCUGUGCCAAGUAAAUGACAUUAGGUUAGGAGGUGUGCCAAAGGAACCGCGACUUCUAUAUGAACUCCAAUUACGGACGACUGGAGUUCUGGAGGACUGUUCGCUGACAAUAUGCAGCGGCUAUGAUAUGGUUAACAUUAACUACACUCACAUCGUUUGUCCCGACGAUCAAACAGCCAAAGAUUGGCAACAAUGGUUACGACAAAUCACUAACAAUAAUAAAGCUAAUAAUGUCUGUCCAAUCACUUGUUUGAAGAAACAUUGGAUGAAAUUGGGAUUUUUGACAGACAGUAACUGCAAAAUUCCUGUUAAAAGUGUUGCAAAAACAUUUGCUUCGGGAAAGACCGAGAAAUUAAUUUAUCAAAUCAUGAAAGAUAUAGGUCUUCCUCACGACAAGAAUGAUGUGAUUGAGCCGUCGGACUGGACUUUUGAAAAGUUUUAUCAACUCUACCAUAAGGUGUGUCCCAGAAAUGACAUCGAAGAGCUUUUUAACGCUAUAACUCAAGGAAAAUCGGAAUUUAUUGAUUACAAGCAAUUGAUUGACUUCUUGAAUGACGUGAGUCUGAAUUCAAAUAAACAACGCGAUCCUCGACUCAAUGAAAUUCUUUAUCCGUUUUAUGACGAGAAAAGAGCGAAAGAGAUCAUCAAUACCUACGAAAGUAAUGGUGAAAUCGGCAAAAAUGGCUGCAUAUCACAGGACGGACUGAUCCGGUACCUCAUGUCUGACGAGAACGCGCCCGUAUUCUUGGACCGACUGGACAUAUACAUGGAUAUGGAUCAACCCCUCUCUCAUUACUAUUGCAAUUCUAGUCAUAACACAUACUUAACGGGCAGACAAUUUGGUGGUAAAUCUUCAGUAGAAAUGUAUAGACAGACAUUGAUUGCCGGCUGCAGAUGUAUCGAGUUGGACUGUUGGGAUGGAAAGGUAGACGAGGAGCCUAUUAUAACUCAUGGCAAAGCCAUGUGCACUGAUAUAUUAUUUAAGGACGUAAUCUUCGCGAUCCGUGACUGCGCUUUUGUUACAUCCGAUUAUCCGCAACAAUAUAAAAUGGCCAAAUACUGCGAUGACAUUUUGGGGGAUCUGUUACUCAAAGAAUCGCUUGCAAACUAUACGUUAGAUCCCGGCUCUCCUCUUCCCACUCCUAAUGAUCUCAAGAGAAAAAUUUUGAUCAAAAAUAAGAGACUCAAACCUGAUGUUGAAAAACAGGAAUUGGAUCUGUGGAAGAAGGGUCAGCUCGCGGCGGAGGAUGACGACGAAGAGAAUGAAGACGCCAACGCUGUCACCACUUUGGUUGUCAACACUUCCAUCGAUGAAAGCGAUAAAAAGACGGACGACGUGGAACCGGAACAGUUAGCGAUGGCCAACUAUCAGUACACUGGAGCGACACUGCAUAUUCACCCAUUCCUAUCGUCCCUGGUCAAUUACGCGCAACCCAUUAAGUUUCAAGGCUUUGAUAUCUCGGAAGAAAAGAAUAUUCAGUCACACUUGAUAUUAUUCUCUGUUAACUCACGAAUCUAUCCGAAGGGAACUCGAGCUGAUUCGAGCAAUUUUUUGCCACAAAUCUUCUGGAACGCCGGCUGUCAGAUGGUUGCCCUCAACUUCCAGACAUCAGACCUACCGAUGCAACUAAAUCAGGGAAAGUUUGAAUACAACGGCGGUUGCGGUUAUCUAUUGAAACCCGAUUUUAUGCGAAGAAAGGACAGAGUUUUCGAUCCGUUCGCCGAAUCGCCGGUCGAUGGAGUGAUUGCCGCCCAGUGUUCAGUUCGGGUCAUAUCCGGUCAGUUCUUGUCUGAUAAGAAAGUGGGCACUUAUGUCGAGGUAGACAUGUAUGGGUUGCCCACCGAUACCAUUAGGAAGGAGUUUAGGACACGAAUGGUUCCCUCCAAUGGACUCAAUCCGGUCUAUAAUGAGGAGCCGUUUAUAUUUCGAAAAGUAGUUUUACCCGAUUUGGCGGUCAUUCGUAUUGCCGUUUACGAUGAAAACGGGAAAAUGUUGGGCCAAAGGAUACUGCCAUUAGACGGUCUUCAGGCCGGUUAUCGACACAUCUCAUUGCGAACCGAAGGAAACUUUCCCAUGUCUUUGCCGAUGCUAUUCAUUUGCAUUGAGCUUAAAAUCUAUGUUCCCGACGGGUUGGGAGAUCUGAUGGACGCCCUCUCAGAUCCGAGGGCUUUCCUAUCGGCACAAGAGAAACGAAUCGCACAAAUGAAGGCAAUGGGUAUCGAAGAAACCGAUAUUCAGAUCCAAACGCAUAAUUUAGCGCUCGUUAAACAACAACGAGAAGAGGAGGCGAAGAAAGAGGACUAUAAGAUCGAAGCGAUUAAUUUAGAAACUCUGAAAAGUGAAAAACUGUUCAUCAGAACAAUGAGGAAACACCAGAAAGAGUUUGAGUCGCUUAAGAAGAGGCAACAAAAGGAGAAACAUUGCACUCAAAAGCAACAGUGCGUUGCCAUCGAUAAAGUGAUGAAACUGACCAAAACUGAUGACAUCGCCAACGAUCCCAGUGUUAAGGAAUUGGUCGCACAUCAGAUGAAACAGUGGAGUGAAAUGAUUGAGAAACACCACAGAGACGAAUGGGAUCUCUUGAAGAACCAGAUUUUACAACAGGGAGAGACUCUUAGGAAACUUUUGGAUGCGAACCAAAACUUUCAAUUAAAACAAUUAGAAAUUGUUUUUGAAAGGGAAAGCAAAGAAAUGAAGACAAGACAGGCGAAGGUGUCGGUCGAGACGGCCAAAGAUGUGUCCAAUGAUAAGACACUGCGAAACAAAGCCGAAAGGGAGAGACGAUUGCGUGAAAAGAAUAGCAAUAAUACUAAAAAGUUUAUUGAAGAGAGAAAAACGGCUGCAAUGAAGCAAAACAAGGAAAAGGAAAAACUCAAGAAAUUACACGAAAAACAAAUUCAGGAUUUGGAAAGAGAGACCGAAAACGUUAGUAUUUGC